AUGGAGAUGCAUUUUCAUGGAGUUUUGUAUGUGUUCGUUAUCACAUUUUCUCUGAUAAAUCUUGUUCAAGCGCAGGAGCAAAAAGGAUUCAUCACUUUGGAUUGCGGUUUAUUACCUGAUGGAUCUCCAUACGUUGAUCCAUCUACCGGAUUAACAUUCACCACAGAUUCUAGUUUCGUAGAAAGUGGAAAGAACGGUCGAGUUGAUAAGGAGUCUGAGCGAAACUUUGCAAAGGCGUUUGUAACGCUGAGAUACUUUCCAGAUGGAGAACGCAAUUGCUAUAACGUGAAGGUCACGCGAGGAAUAAAUUAUCUGAUUAGGGCUUCCUUCUUUUAUGGGAAUUAUGACGGUCGUAAUAUUAUCCCAAACUUUGAUCUGUUUCUUGGCCCUAAUAAGUGGACAACGGUAAAUUUGAAUGCUACCGGAGGUGGUAAGUACGAGGAGAUUAUUCACAUGUCUAGGUUAAGCUCUUUGCAGAUCUGUCUUGUUAAGAUUGGAACCACUACGCCGAUGAUUUCGGCCUUGGAGCUACGGCCAUUGAGAAGUGAUGUAUACGUAAGUGGCGUUGGGAGCUCCUUGAAGUUCUUAUCCAGAAGUUAUCAUAGUGGCUCAGGCGGCAUUUUACGGUAA